CUCCCGCAAGCGGCACCACCACGAUGUCAUCACAUGAGGAUACAGUGACGGAGGAUGCGUCAAGUGACGAGCCUCUCUUUGCCGACGACACGAUGCACUACUACGAAGAAACUACUUAUCACGAGAUCGAUGCCAACGGCGACCUCUUCAUCUGCCUCAACGAUCCGAACGCUCCGCUUGCAGUUUGGAAACGAGAGGAGCACCAUCCAUUGAGCCAAAACCUCAUAGGAGGAAAGCGAAUCCCCCGUACGAAAGUCGCCACGCCUCCCAGAAUCAAGGAUUCAUCAGUGACCUUCAAAGUCUCUGCCCGAACCAUGGCGACGGCAUCGCGGUACUUCUCUGCGCUCCUGUCUGGCAAUUGGACAGAAGCACAGAAUGUUGCGUCCGGCGAGCCGCUGGUCAUACAAGCGCAUGGCUGGGAUGUUUCGGCGUUUCUCUUGUUUCUGCAAGUUCUACAUGGCAAAUGCCUCAACGUUCCGUUCAAGAUCAAGCAUGAGCUUUGGGCGAAGAUCGUUCUAAUCAUCGACUACUACGGCAGCUUCGAGGCCAUGCACUUCUGCACAACCGUAUGGUAUGAGAACUUGCGGGACAAGGUUGCAAACUUCGACGGGAGACGACUUUUGCUUGAUCUAGCAACAGGUUGCGCACUAACAAAUCGUGAACAAACACAGGAGGCCGCGCUAGUUGCUAUUCGUGAAGCUACCUGUCGCAUCCCGACUUUAGGAUUGCCAAUACCACAGCGCGUCGUCGCGAUGCACAAUUCCGAGGUCAACUGUGGUCCGGCUAGUUGGGGCUUGUUGCUUCACGAGGCAAACAAAUUCAAAUUGCUCCAAGGGCACCCAGAAGCGCCCUACGACGGAUACAGCUUCGGCGACCUCGAAAGAUCAUAUCUAAAGCAACACGCGGGCCCCGAGUGCUCAGCCUUGUGCGUGCAUGACGGUCUGCAUGCGUGCUGUAACAUGAGUGAAAUCCUGGAGCAGGUCCUUGACUUUUACAUGAGGCCGGGCACAUUUUCAUCGCCCAGUGCUCAUUGGAGAACCUUCCCUUCACUCAGUGAGGCUGAUCGGAGCCGUUGGCCGCGCGGUGGUGAAUCUUCCGUGGGCGAUACUAGCGGCAAUUCCGGCGACGAUUCAAGCAACGAUUCGAGCGGCGAGACCAGCGACGAAUAUGUGGUGAGACUAUCGGAAAGGACGUCAACUCUCGUUGGUCCAUAA